AUGCCAAGCUGUGAGAGGACACCACCAAUACAGGGCCUCAGGAACAACAAAAAAAGUGUCAACAAAGCGUACACGUGAUACAGAAGUUGAUUCCAAAAGGAGGACAUCUCUGGGCCGUCUUCAGUGGAGCACAUCAGUUGUGACAUACAUCUGACAGGGCAGGGACUAUUUUCUGUUGCAGCACUGAAGAUAAAAAAAGUGGUGAAAGUGUUACCAGUGGACAAUGAUACAUGUGGCUUUGGGAGAAAUAUUACUGUGGGUCAGUGAAAAUAACAAGUGCUUAUCCCUUCCCCUUGAGCAGUCAGUCUACACCACCAGGGACCAUUGAUUAUUCCCGUCCUGGCGGAGCAGCAGUGAGGAUGGAGUAUGACCCAAUCAAGUCCCCAGACUCGUCCAUGGACAGCUCCAUGGAGGGCAUGUCUCAUUCCUGGGUGGAGUGGACAAGACAGCUUCAUGCCUACCUAGCCUGGGUCAAUUCCCAGCUGAAGAAGAAGCCAGGCACGCGGCUUGUUGAAGAUCUGCGACACGACAUGAAGGAUGGAGUGGCUCUGAUUAACCUGGUGGAGAUUGUAGGUGGGGAGAAGCUAUCUGGCGUCCAUAUGUGCCCGUCUAACCUGACUGAGAUGAAGGAUAAUGUGGAGAAAGUGCUACAGUUCAUGUCUCUCAACAGAAUCAAGAUGCAUCACAUUGUGGCUAAAGACAUUGUGGAAGGCAACUUGAAAUCUGUGAUGAGACUGAUUCUUGCUCUAGCAGCUCACUUCAAACCCAAAAGUGUACGACAGUCUGGUUUUGGAGUUCGCUCCCCUGGCAAGAGCCCAAACGUAGCUAGCAUUGCUCAGGGUGCAGUGGCCGCUUUGGCAGAUGCAAGGCGAGAUGUAGCACGAGCAGGCUCAACCCGAUAUCGCAGACGAGCGGCAGACAAAGACAGACAUGAUAGAAGACUGUAUCGGGAAAGUAGUUCUGACCAGUGCAGUGAUUCAGACCAAAGUUUCUCAGCCUGCGAGCGGCUAAGGCCUGCCCCUACAGGAGGUGACCACCACAGGGACAUAGAGGGAGUGAGUGUGGACAGCGGAUCGGGAUCUCGGGGGAGUCCGGUGACCGGUGGAAGCCCCAGGAAAGACCAGCGAACUGGGGUAGUCAGCAAAAGUCGAUCCUCAGACCAUGUUCCGGCGAGCCACAUCCCGGUUCCGGUGAGCCGCCGUGGGAAGGGGGAGAGUGUGGAGAGGGGCCAGUAUGAUGAGCUGAUGAAGGAACAUGAGGAGCUGGAUAAACAGAUGAGGGAGACGAAGAAACAGUUGAUGAUGCUGCAGGACCUGCUGUUACGUGGUCAGCUUCCAGAUGGAGAAGAAAGCCCUACAAAGCUUCCCACAGAAGGAUCUCCAAGCUCGGAACAAGUGGUGAUACUGAAAAGUCAGCUACAGCAGUCUACCUUGUUCUGUGAAGACAUCAAAGAGGAGUUGUCCAAGAGUAAGAAUGAGUGCCUCCGUUUACAGGGAGUCAAGGCUGGAUUACAACAGAGACUGACAGAACAGGAGAAAGUUCUUCUCCAAAUGAAAGCAGAGCUGUUGAGGAAGGGAUUUGAUCUGCAGAAUGUGGAAUCGGAAAGGGAUGAGAUGCAGAAGCUAUUACAUGAUAAGGACAAGAUUAUUGCAGAUCUAAAGACAAGCUUAUCAACAAAGGACCACAGAGUAGAUAAGUUACAGAAUGACUUGAAGUAUCAGCUCCAGGAGAAAGAGUCAAUCAGCAAAAACCUCAAAUCCCAGGUCCAUGAUCUUCACAGCAGAUUGAAGACUGUUGGAGAGACAGAGGCCAGUCUCUCAGCAAGAGUGGCUACACAAGAUAAGAUGAUGGCCAAGUUGGAGGGGAAGAUCUUGAAGACUCAGAUAGAGGGUGGUGCGGGUUCCAACAGAUCGUCUGCAUUGGUACAUCUAACAAAUGCAGAUGAACUGCAAGUUGUGCGAGACUCGUUGCAGAGUUUAAGAAGUGGGUUUCUUGGUGCAGACCCACACCAACACACAAUAGACACGCUGGAACAGAGUAUCUCUACCCUAAUAGAGAAGUUACACACAGCUCACAGUCAGAGUGGCUCAGCGGUAGAUGGGUUGUCAAAGCGGCUGAACUUUGAUUCAAAAGGAGAAGCCCACAGAUCAAAUCUUCCAGGUUUUCCACUCAGUCGUUUAGAUGAGUCCUCUAUGAAUGGUCAGGGUGGAACUAAAGUGCUAUACUUCACAGACAGAACUGUUACCCCGUUCAUGUGUACACUCCCUCAGAAAUUAGGGGAAAUAACUCUUGGGGACAUUAAAAGGCUGCAUGAUCGACCAGGAAGAUAUAGAUAUCACUUUAAGGCACAGGAUCCUGAGUUUGGAACAGUGAAAGAAGAGGUGUCAUUUGACGAAGAUGUGAUUCCUGGUUGGGAGGGAAAGAUUGUAGCCUGGAUAGAGGAGGAUACGGAUGAACUGUGACUGAGAUGAACAGUUCAUGAAAGACUAUGUAGUUUGUUGUGUGGGCAACUACAUGUACAUCAGCCCAUUGAGGAACGGUUCAUGAAGGGCUAUGUAGUCUGUUGUGUGGGCAACUGCCUCAGCCCAUUGAGGAACAGUUCAUGAAGGACUGUGUAGUCUGUUGUGUGGGCAAGUACAUGUACAUCAGCCCAUACAGGAACAGCUCAUGAAGGACUGUGUAGUCUGUUGUGUGGGCAAGUACAUGUACAUCAGCCCAUACAGGAACAGUUCAUGAAGGACUGUGUAGUCUGUUGUGUGGGCAAGUACAUGUACAUCAGCCCAUACAGGAAUAGUUCAUGAAGGACUGUGUAGUCUGUUGUGUGGGCAACUACAUGUACAUCAGCCCAUUGAGGAACAGUUCAUGAAGGACUAUGUAGUCUGUUGUGUGGGCAGCUACAUGUACAUCAGUCCAUUGAGGAACAGUUCAUGAAGGACUAUGUAGUCUGUUGUGUGGGCAACUACAUGUACAUCAACCCAUUGAGGAACGGUUCAUGAAGGACUAUGUAGUCUGUUGUGUGGGAAACUGGUUCUGAUGUACAUGACAUGGAGAGCACAUGAUCAGCCUAAUAGUCUGAUGUAUGGAGAACUGGUUCUGAUAUACACGACAUGGAGAGCACAUGAUCAGCCAUGUAGUCUGAUGUAUGGAGAACUGGUUCUGAUAUACACGACAUGGAGAGCACAUGAUCAGCCUAAUAGUCUGAUGUAUGGGGAACUGGUUCUGAUAUACAUGACAUAGAGAGCACAUGAACAGCCAUAUAGUCAGAUGUAUGGGGAACUGGUUCUGAUAUACACGACAUGGAGAGCACAUGAUCAGCCUAAUAGUCUGAUGUAUGGGGAACUGGUUCUGAUAUACAUGACAUAGAGAGCACAUGAACAGCCAUAUAGUCUGAUGUAUGGGGAACUGGUUUUGAUGUACAUGACAUGGAGAGCACAUGAACAGCCAUAUAGUCUGAUGUAUGGGGAACUGGUUCUGAUAUACACGACAUGGAGAGCACAUGAACAGCCAUAUAGUCUGAUGUAUGGGGAACUGGUUCUGAUAUACACUACAUAGAGAGCACAUGAUCAGCCUAAUAGUCUGAUGUAUGGAGAACUGGUUCUGAUAUACACGACAUGGAGAGCUCAUGAUCAGCCAUAUAGUCUGAUGUAUGGGGAACUGGUUCUGAUAUACACGACAUGGAGAGCACAUGAUCAGCCUAAUAGUCUGAUGUAUGGAGAACUGGUUCUGAUAUACAUGACAUAGAGAGCACAUGAACAGCCAUAUAGUCUGAUGUAUGGGGAACUGGUUUUGAUGUACAUGACAUAGAGAGCACAUGAACAGCCAUAUAGUCAGAUGUAUGGGGAACUGGUUCUGAUAUACACAACAUGGAGAGCACAUGAUCAGCCUAAUAGUCUGAUGUAUGGAGAACUGGUUCUGAUAUACAUGACAUAGAGAGCACAUGAACAGCCAUAUAGUCUGAUGUAUGGGGAACUGGUUCUGAUAUACACGACAUGGAGAGCACAUGAUCAGCCAUAUAGUCUGAUGUAUGGGGAACUGGUUCUGAUAUACACGACAUAGAGAGCACAUGAACAGCCAUAUAGUCUGAUGUAUGGAGAACUGGUUCUGAUAUACACGACAUGGAGAGCUCAUGAUCAGCCAUAUAGUCUGAUGUAUGGGGAACUGGUUCUGAUAUACACGACAUGGAGAGCACAUGAUCAGCCUAACAGUCUGAUGUAUGGAGAACUGGUUCUGAUAUACAUGACAUAGAGAGCACAUGAACAGCCAUAUAGUCUGAUGUAUGGGGAACUGGUUUUGAUGUACAUGACAUAGAGAGCACAUGAACAACCAUAUAUUCUGAUGUAUGGAGAACUGGUUCUGAUAUACACUACAUAGAGAGCACAUGAUCAGCCUAAUAGUCUGAUGUAUGGAGAACUGGUUCUGAUAUACACGACAUGGAGAGCACAUGAACAGCCAUAUAGUCUGAUGUAUGGGGAACUGGUUCUGAUAUACACUACAUAGAGAGCACAUGAACAGCCAUAUAGUCUGAUGUAUAGCAGACUGGUUCUGAUAUACACGACAUGGAGAGCACAUGAUCAGCCUAAUAGUCUGAUGUAUGGAGAACUGGUUCUGAUAUACAUGACAUAGAGAGCACAUGAACAGCCAUAUAGUCUGAUGUAUGGGGAACUGGUUCUGAUAUACACAACAUGGAGAGCACAUGAUCAGCCAUAUAGUCUGAUGUAUGGAGAACUGGUUCUGAUAUACAUGACAUAGAGAGCACAUGAACAGCCAUAUAGUCAGAUGUAUGGGGAACUGGUUCUGAUAUACACAACAUGGAGAGCACAUGAUCAGCCAUAUAGUCUGAUGUAUGGGGAACUGGUUCUGAUAUACACGACAUAGAGAGCACAUGAUCAGCCUAAUAGUCUGAUGUAUGGAGAACUGGUUCUGAUAUACACGACAUGGAGAGCACAUGAACAGCCAUAUAGUCAGAUGUAUGGGGAACUGGUUCUGAUAUACACUACAUAGAGAGCACAUGAUCAGCCUAAUAGUCUGAUGUAUAGCAGACUGGUUCUGAUAUACACGACAUGGAGAGCACAUGAUCAGCCAUAUAGUCUGAUGUAUGGGGAACUGGUUCUGAUAUACACUACAUAGAGAGCACAUGAACAGCCAUAUAGUCUGAUGUAUAGCAGACUGGUUCUGAUAUACACGACAUGGAGAGCACAUGAACAGCCAUAUAGUCUGAUGUAUGGAGAACUGGUUCUGAUAUACACGACAUAGAGAGCACAUGAACAGCCAUAUAGUCAGAUGUAUGGGGAACUGGUUCUGAUAUACACGACAUAGAGAGCACAUGAACAGCCUAAUAGUCUGAUGUAUGGGGAACUGGUUCUGGUAUACACGACAUGGAGAGCACAUGAACAGCCAUAUAGUCUGAUGUAUGGAGAACUGGUUCUGAUAUACACGACAUAAAGAA